AUGGCCAUGAAGCUACGCGGCAGCAGCAGCUCCAGCGGCGCCGCGGGGCCAGCGCUGCAGGGCUUCCGCAGGGCCGCGCCGGGCUUAUCCGUGCAGCCUCCGGCCGCCAGCGAGUUCAGGGCAUCGAGAUGCUUCAAGAUAGAGUACAACCAAAGCGGCGAGGACGACCAGGACGACGUAGCCAUGACUAAGUGGAUUUUCUCUAUUCCGUCGUGCCGAGAUGUUGAGACGCUCUUCACUCAGGCCCGCGAGGCCCAGUUGUUCCGCGGGAUGGGCAUCGAGCUUGACUUCGAUCACGGUCCGCGGAGCAAGGUGGCGCCUGUGCGCUUGAGGCGAGUGGGGCCCGAGCGUGCCGCAGAGGCGGUGCGCUCGGCCUCGCUCUCGACUGUGCCGUGCGGCCGCAGUGCUGUCCGCGUCGAGGCAGGUGCCAGAAACCUGGAGCUGGGCUGCGCUCGCGUCGCCCUGGCGGCGUCCGGGCAGGAGCACAUCGAAGAUUGCAAGUCAGCGUACCUCUCGUUCGAGCUGAAUCUCAUCAAAGGCAGCAGUGCGCGCGACACAUACAUCGCAACGCUGAAGAGUACGUCCGCGGAGAUGUUCAAACGGAAUACUGCCAUGGAGCUCUCUCGGAAGAGCUUAUCAAGCAUGUGCAAGGCGACCUCCGAGACUCUAAAGGAGCAGUGUAAAUCUGUGACGGAGUUGCUCGACCACUACCCUAGCAAGAUCACGGGUGACAAGGAAAUACAUUUCGGUGACUUGACGGAAGUCCUGGCAGCGGAUGCCUACAUGGAAGCUAUAGAGGUUUCGGAUCGCACGAAUGUUUGCGUCGAUUGGCUAUCAAAAAGGUUGGACAAAGCCGGCAGGGUAUUGGUUCUUGCCUCGGCUGCGACUUCCGUGGCUCAAGUCUGCUACGACGAGCACCCUGACGUUGCAGGUGUCUUGGCGGCGGCAGAGUACAUCGGAGCUGCUGUCUUAGGCCAAGCAGUGGAUGGGAACAUAGCGUAUGGGGCUGGCAUUGCAGGUCUCGGCGCCCUUCCUGUCUUGGGGCUCUGCUGCACGGCUCUCAUCGGUUUGGCCUUCGGAGCGAAGCCCCAUUUCAAGAAGUCUUACGACGUAUUUGCGCAGCCAGUCUUCGCCGAACACAGGCGCCACAGGAAGAAGUUGUUUCUGGACAAGGGCAUGACCGGCUUUGUGGAGCACAAUCCCAAGGGCCUGAGCGGCGCCACUGUCGGUGGAAUGUUGGGCAACGUGAUUCUGCAAAGCGGGAGUCUUCCAAUCAUGGGAGGGGCUGCUUUUGGAUGGUUGGACGCUACGCAGAUGUCAUGGAGAGCACCAACCGCGAGCUCCGAGACGAGCCGGGCCGCGCAUGGCCCCUCGUCCGAGGUGCUGGCCUUCCCGCCGCGGCAGCGCAGCGCCUUCACGCUGACGCCGCUGGACGACACAGGCAGGCGCCUUCUGCUCUUCGGCGGGCGCAGCGGCCCGCCUGGGGGCGGCCACUGCCUGGGCGACGUGCACGUCCUGGAGACGGACGUGGCAGCUGGGCAAGCUGCGAUGGCGCGGCCUCCCGACGCGGGCUCAUCGGACAGCGAGCCAGAGGAGAUAUUCUUCGCCUCCGACUACCGCGCGUUCUGCCAGGCCGCCCCGCGUGCGCCGGCGCGCGGCCGGGACGGCCGGCUCGAGCAGCGAGCCGUGCCCCGGCAGGGGUGCCACAAGCAGGAGAGCGCCUCCGAGGACGGCUCGCCCGCGUGGACCACGCCAGCGCACGAGUGGCAGCACCCGCCCUCCUUCCUGUGCCCGAUCUCCCGGCAGUGCAUGCACGACCCCGUGGUGCUUCCAGACGGGCACACGUACGAGAGGCAGCACAUCCAGCGCUGGCUCUCCCACAGCAGCACCUCGCCUGUCACGCGUCAGGAGCUCAUUGGGACCAAUUUGUACCCCAACCACGCACUGCGUAACGCGAUCGACGAGUACUUCAACGAGCUCUUCUGUGUCCACCGCCAGACCAUCCGGCAGACGAUCCGCCGCCGCGGGACCCGGGACCUUGCCGCGAACGCCCGGUUGUUGCGCACGGUGGACGCGCUGAUGGAGUGUUCGCUGCUGGUGAACGCCGACCACAGCGUGGAGCACAUACUGCGCCACAUUAUGAAUGAGGCUAAGAUGCUGGUCGGGGCUGAGGCCGCGUCCGUCUUCCUGGUCGACGGCAGCCGGCAGGAGCUCUACUCGAGUGUGAAUUCGACGGGCGUCGAAUUGCGGAUCCCGUUUGGUGCCGGCAUCGCUGGUCAUGUUGCCAUGACAGGCGACACGGUCAUCAUCGACGAUGCGUACGCGGAUGCCCGGUUCAACAAGACCAUCGACAGAAAGACGGGAUUUAGAACGCGGACCGUGUUGUGCGCGCCCCUGAAGGCGAGGAAGGGUGGCGUCAUCGGCGUCGUCCAGCUCAUUAACAAGACCCAUAGCAGCGAGACGACCUCCAGGGGGAAUGUGCGAGGGGCUUCCAGUGCCUCUCGGCCAGAGUCAGCUGUGGGCCGCCUCCGGUCAGGACGGUCGUUCGUGAAGGCUCUGGACCCAGACCAGGGCAGCCGCUUCACGGCGGACGACUCGCACUUCUUGGAGGUGUUCGCCUCGCAGGCAGCCACGGCGGUCGUCAACAGCGACACCUUCGGCGAGCUGAACCAGCCUCACCUUCAGACAGAGCACUCCGAUCUGCCGCCCGAGAGGCUGGCGCAGGAGGCAGAGGCGGAUAGGUUGGAGGCAGAGCCAGUCAAGGCGCAGCCUUCCUGCAAGAAGGGGGGUCAGGCGCCGCGCAUCUCCCAGGAGGCCACGACGUUGCUCGAGCAGUCGUUGGACGGCUGGGAUCUGGACGUGGCCACGCUAGCCUCGCUCACCGACGGGCGACCUCUGAGCUCGCUGGGCUGCUUCCUGUUCGACCGGCUGGGGCUCGUGGCGCGCUUCGGCCUGGACAGCGAGAAGGUGUCGCAGUUCUUCCUGGAGCUUGAGCGCGGCUACGACGAUGCGGUCCAGUACCACAAUCCUAGGAUCCCACGCGGCCUCCGUGCUGCACCUGACCCACGCCGCGCUGCGCAGUGGGUCGCUCGCGCAGAAAGCCGCGGCGGCGCUGCGGAGCGACCAGGGUGCGGCCGCAGCGGACGGAGCGCUCGAGGCCAUGGCGUGCCUGCUGGCCGCCGCCUGCCACGACUACGAGCACCCCGGCUGCACGAACGACUUCCUGGUGCGCACGGGCCACGAGCGCGCAGUGCGCUACAACGACAGCCAGGUGAACGAGAACCACCACGCGGCCGCCGCGUUCGCGCUGCUGCGGCGCCCGGGGCUCGACUUCCUGGCCGCGCUGCCGCGGGAGGAGCUGCGCCGCCUCCGCGCCCUCUUCCUGCAGCUGGUCCUCGGCACCGACACGUCCUCCGACAAGAGCAUGCUCGGGGCCUUCGCAGCCGCCCUGGACAAGGCCGCCAGCGCACCGGCGGUCACGCCGCCGGGUGGCGCCUCCCAGGCGGCUCCCGAGGGCGGCGACUUCGUGCCCCGCACGCCCGAGGACGGGGAGCCGUGCUGCUGCUGCAGCUGGCGCUCAAGGGCGCGGACCUCGGCCACCUCACCCUCGGCCUCGCGGCGCACCUGAGGUUCGUGGGUUGCCUGGAGCAGGAGUUCUUCGCCCAGGGCGACAAGGAGAAGGCGCUGGGCAUGCCAGCCUCCUUCCUGAUGGACAGGGACAAGCCAGGCGCCUCCUCUUCCCAGGUCGGCUUCUUCGAGCUCGUCGCCCUCCCCCUGUUCCGCGUCCUGGACCGGGCAUGCCCGUCGCUCCGGCCUAUGCUCGCGGGCGCCGAGCGCAACUGCCUGUAUUGGAAGAGCGUGCAGGGCGACGCGCGUGCCAGCAUCGUGGGGGACAGGCCUGAGGUGGGGGUCUCGCAGAGAGGGGCACCUGGCCCAUAUGGGCAGCGCCCGCUGGUGAGCUGGGCCCGGCAGCGGGGAGGAUUUAGCAGCAAUUCGCCAGAGUUGUGA